AUGUCUCACGUUUACUUUGACAUCCUCUACACUGACCCAUCUGGGGCUGCCACCCCCUGGGGUCGCAUUGUCUUCCGCCUCUAUGACGACGUGGUCCCCCAGACUGCGCAGAACUUCCGUGCCCUCUGCACUGGCGAACAUGGAUUUGGCUAUGCGGGCUCCAAGUUCCAUCGGGUCAUUGCUGGCUUCAUGGCACAAGGUGGUGACUUCACCCGCGGAAAUGGAACCGGCGGCAAAUCUAUCUACGGCGAACGAUUCCCCGAUGAGAACUUCGCCCGCCGUCACGAUAAGCCAUUUUUGCUUUCCAUGGCCAAUGCGGGCCCCAAUACCAACGGAUCCCAGUUCUUCAUCACCUUUACCCCAACUCCUCAUCUCGACGGAAAGCACGUUGUCUUCGGAGAAGUCGUGGAGGGCCACGAUAUCAUUAAGCAGAUGGAGAGCAAGAGCUUGAACAGCUCUGGCCAGACUUCUGGCACUAUUACCAUUGCGGGCUCUGGUAUCAUAUAG